AGUUUUAUUUUUAGUGUAUCGGUAUCAAACUUUAAUUCGAAAUCCCAUAAUGUGGUUACGGAAAAUUAUAUUGUUUCUUAGUAAUGUUAUUUUUUCAAAUAAUUUCUAACGAACAAUAAAUUAUUUGCUGAAAUUGUGUUGUAGUUCAUAAACGAUUAUGCAACAGCUAAAAUAGUAGUUGUUAUUUACGGAAAUGUUAUGCUUUGUAAGUAAUAAAAAUAUUUUUCAUUUGUUAUAGUUUGAAUACAGUCAAUGCACGAGACAAUAUAGGAUAGUUAUAAAAGUAAUGCAGAUUUUUUUAAAUGGAGAACCAGGGGACUUUUAGGACUUUAUUACGAAAUAAUAUUCAAGUCAUUAUUUCUACACUUGCAGGGAUCGUUGGCGCUGUUUCCAAUGGUAUACAUCUAGGACUUUCACCUGCUACAGUUAUUCCACUUUGCAACACAUCAAUACAUAAUAUAAGCAGGAACACGCACACCUUUUGUGAUAAUAAUGAUAGUCAAAAUAUAUAUAGGACGUUCUAUUUGUUAGGAUCUUGCAUCGGUGUACUACUUUGUGUUGUUAGCUACAAAUUAAGCACUAAAAAACUAAUGUUUAUAUCUGGAAUAUUGUUAGUCAUUUCUUGGAUACCCAUAGCUGUACAAGGUGCAAUAAUUACAACACAUGCUGCUCGUAUACUAGCAGGGACUUGUAUGUCAAUAACAUUAAUUUCAAUUCCUAAGUAUAUUCACGACAUUGGACCACAAAAUUUAAGAAACAGCGGUAGAUUUAUAUAUUAUGGAAUAUUAUUUGGAGUUUUAUUGGCGUAUAUGCUUAGUUCAUUCAUAUCAGUAGCUGCAUUUGCCAUAUUAGGGGCUGCUCUUGCGCUUAUUCAAAUGGUUACAUCUCUAUUUACGAUAGAAUCGCCAUAUUUUCUUGUUUGGAAUAAUAAAAACUUUAAGGCCAAAAUUGCUUUAGAAAAAUUACGAAAUACAAAGUUUGUUGAAAGUGAACUUGAUAUGAUAAUAAAUGCUGUAUUAAAAUCCAAGAUUAAUAACAAAAGACAAACUAUUUUUUCACUUACAUUUAAUAAAAGGUCAUGCCUGUCCAUUGCAUUAUCCAUGGUUGGUCAACAAUUCAGUGGAAUUAUAGUUUUCUUAAUGUUUUUAGAAGACAUUCUUGAAAUUUGUGAUAUAAAAGAUUUACACAAUACAGUAAUUUGCACCAUGUUCAUCAUUAUAAUUAUAAUUAUACGUUUUUUAAAUAAAAAUACCGCUAGAAGUUUUUUCUUACAUAACUGGAUUAGCCAUAUUGCGUGCAGUCUCUCCAUAGUGAUUCUAGCUUUGUAUAUAACCUUAAAAUCUUUUCAGAUUAACUUUAAUAAUAUGUCAUGGAUUCCAACGUUGUCCAUCCUAGUGUACGCUACUACUCUAGGAUUUGAUAAAGGAUAUUUUCCUUUUGAAGUUGUACAUACUUAUUAUCCAUAUUUAAUUAAUAACGCUGGAAAUAUUUUGGCCACUUUUAUACAAACUUUUACAGCAUGGGUUUUAGUAGAAAUCGUUCAAAGACUAACGCCUGGUCCCAAAAUUUAUAUUAUGUUAUAUGCCAUUGCCAUUUUAAAUUCAUUGAGUACAAUAUUAAUAAAAGUUUGUACACCGGUACUAAGAGAACAUGAAAAACAAUUAAGUCGAGGUUAUCGAAAUCACAAUGAAGAAUUUAUCAGUCCAGAUGAUGUGGAACUUAAAAGUCAAUUAGUAAAUCUGUCAACAAACGAUACAGCAAAUGAAAUAAAAGAUCCUAAAGCGAUGACUGUGACAUCAAAAGAGAAUAUAUUUAAGGGAACGUUUCCCCAACUUGUAGCAGUUUUGGCAGGAACUUUAACUGCCAUCAGCGAUGGAAUGCAAUAUGGAUGGACAGCACCUGUACUACCAAUUCUUCAAGGACCCGAUUCUCCAGUCAAAGUUACAAACACACAAGCAGAAUGGCUAGAAAACUUACUAAUGCUUGGAUCUUUUUCCGGACUUUGGAUAACCAUAUAUUUAGUUGACAAAAUUGGUAGAAAAAAAUCGAUUCUCUUAGCUUCAUUUGUGACCAUAAUUAUUUGGAUAGUAACGGCUGUAGCUCCUAGAGUAGAAUACAUAUUUGUUGCUAGAGCAUUUGCAGGAUCAGCUGGAAAUAUGGCUUUUGUUGCUACACCAAUGUAUAUUGCUGAAAUAGCUGAACAAAAAAUAAGGGGUUUUUUAAGCAGUUUAAUUUAUCUUAUGAUGCUUGUCGGUAUUCUUUUAAUUUAUUCUGUAGCACCUUUCAUUCCUUUUUAUGCUCAUUGUAUUUUGGGUGGAUCUUUAGCUUUAACAGAACUUAUAAUUUUUCCGUUUAUGCCAGAAAGUCCGUAUUAUUUACUGUAUAAAGACAAACCAAACGAAGCCCUUCAGUCUCUAAAAAGGUUAAGAAAAAAAGGUCAUGAUAUAGAAAAAGAAUUAGAAAGUAUUAAAGUAGCAGUAGAUCGUCAAAAAUCAGAACGAGGUAGAAUCUUUGAUCUCUUUAUAGUUCCUAGCAACCGUCGAGCUAUAUUUAUCAUGGGCUUAUUAAAUGCAGCUCAACAUUUUAGUAGUAUUAGUGUUUUACUUAUGAACAUUCAUGUUAUUCUUGACGCAGCUGGAUCUAUUUAUAUACAGCCACGAAUGGCUGCGAUUUUAUUUUCAGCUAUAAUGGUGAUGGCAGCGUCAGUCGCCUGCCUCACUAUAGACAAAUAUGGUCGAAAAACUUUACUUAUCACUUCUAGUUUAUUAAGUGGGCUGUGUUUACUCGUUUUAGCAAUUUACUUUAGUUUAAAAAAUGGUGGAUCAGACACUUCCAGUUAUAGUUGGAUUCCAAUUGUGUGCGUUAUGCUCUAUGCUUUAACUUUUAAAUUAGGCCUGGGUAUGGUACCCAUAGUGCUCACAGCCGAACUAUUUCCCACUAAAAUGAAGGCUUUCGGUAUGACAAUUGCAGAUGGAUUUUAUGUUAUAGCUUCAUUACUAUCUUUACAAGUAUAUCAAAGAUUAACUCAACAUUUUGGAUUACAAUAUCCCUUCUACGUUUUUUCGUUUAGCUGCUUUAUUGCCGCUGGGUUUACUUACAUAUUUAUACCUGAAACAAAGGGUAAAACUUUGGAAGAGAUACAAAUGAUUUUGAAAGGAAAUCACGUGGAAAAUAAAAAAGGAGAUUGCGAAAAUUAAAAGAACAAAAUUAUGAAACUUAACAAAUAGAAAUCAAACAUUCAUCAAUUUAUAAUUCCUAAAUUAUCUUUCACGCUCAAGCUUUAAUACCGAAAUGUUAGUUAGUUUCAUCUAAAUUAAACAUGGUAACUUUAAGUUGUCAUAUUACUAUACUUUAAAAAAUAUAUGAAAUUAUAUUACACUCGAAGUUGAAACAAAGAAGCUACGAUAUAGCAGACUCAUUUUACAAAUUUAUUCUUAAUUUAGUAGUUUCUUAAGUUCAAUAAAUAAUUAACAGAAGUAGAAGCGUUAAAAUAAACGUCAGUUUUUGUAUAAUUGUAGACUAUUUUCUCAAAAAACUUGUGCGAUCAAGUUCUUUAGAAAAUAGUAUAAUUUUUUUUGCAUUGUAAAAUAUAUUAUAAAUAAAUGCAUGUAAACGUCUGGCAAAGACAAUUACCAUGCUGUUUUAAAUCUACAUUUAUGUUCCCUAAAAUACCAAUAAUAAUGUAGCAAAGCAGAAGAAAAAAUUAGUAAAUUAUACUCAACUUCUAAGUAUUCGUUAAAAAUAUACUCCUUUUUUUCCUCCCUUUAAGACGUUCAUUGAUUUAUAUUAAAUCGCUAUAUGGAUAAAUGAAAUUUUUCCAUUCGUUCGCUUGUACCGUGGCCAAUCCUUCUUCUUCUUAUAGUGCCUAUCCAUUUCGGACCAUGGCAAUCUGUAUUUUGCAUACUGCUACUCUGAAAAUGUUUGUGAUUGUUGUAUUGAACCACGUACGUAGAUUAUUCAGCCAGGAAACCCUUCACCUUAUGGUCCACGCUUAUCUUCCACCUUUUCCGCCGAUACUUCUACAAGGUUAAUUUGUUCCCUGUUAUUUUGACCAGUGUGGUCUCCUACGUUCUACUUAUGUCAUUAUUUCAUUAUUUUAUUUUGUUUUAGUAUCUGUCAUUUAGUCAUGUUUUAGGUAUGACUCAAACACUAAAUAAAUUUUACUUCUUAUAAGUGAAAGUCAAUAAAUGUCUCUCGUUUCUUAUUAAACCUUUCAGAUUAUUCUUUUCAGAUGCAUAUUUCCAUAGCUGUAUACUAGCAACAUCUUUAAGUAUUAUUUUUUCAUUACCUGCUUAAUGCUGACUCAAUUGCUUUUUAAUUUUCAUUUAUUUGGAUCUUUAUUAAUAGCAAAUAUUUUAGUUUUCGGUUUAAUUUUGUUUCUCUUUCUUUAUUCUCUUAGUUUGUUGACGGUUUUCAUGACUUAACUAAAUAUUUAUUGAAUCAACAAUAUAGCGUAAUGCUUAAUGUGUUCCCUACCUUUUUCAAUUACCUGUAUCUGUCAGUUCCGUAAGCUGUUUGUCUAUUCUGCCUUUAACUUAACUCGUAUCAUGUCCAGGUUAAGUUUUCUAUGAUACAACAGAUGUUUUAAAUCAAAACAAAGUAACAUAUCUUUGAAAAACUGCUAGUGGACGAUAGCUUAGACCCUAUUGAUAACUACCUAACGCAAAUUUAAUAAUCAUUUAAUUCAAUAAAUUUAAUAAUUCAAAAUCACAAGUCUAGUUUAGGUUAAAAAUUUUUAAAAGUAAACAAGUAAAUAAUUAAGUCACGUUUUAUCCAGAAUAUGCACUUAUCACUGGUACUAUUAAUGCUGACUUAUUGUAUUGGUAAUUUAUGUUGAAUUUUUUCUUUUGUACCAAUUAUUAUUUACAGAAUGUAAAUAAAUGUCUUAAAAUAUAAAUUCAAAUACAAUAUACACAUUAUGUUCUUUUCAGUACUUGAGAUAUAAGGGUAAUUCAUUUUUGCAGUACUUAGUAUCAAUGGGCUCACACCAAAAAAAUACAUUUUAAAAGAAAGUUUGUAAUCAAAUGGACCUAUAUAACGCUAGAAUCAUCCAACAGUCAUUCAACUAAUUUCAAAAAAUAUAUCCCUUUGUAAUCGCUAGCUAGGACUAACCAACAAGGUACAAAAUGUAGUGUCGAGAUCGUUGUGUAUACAUGAGAAUUUGGUGUGGUUCUUCUUAGCCUGCGAGGACUAGGUAUAAUAAUUUGUAAAAUUAUAUAUUAUCUAGUUUUAUUAAUUUAAAUAUAUACCGAAAGCUCCAUUGCCUACAAUAUGAGUAGUAUUAUUAAUUAAGUAGUAACCAACUUUUUUGAAAUGUAUUAUAAAUAUAAUUAUUUU